UGCCGCGGAGCCCCCUCCCCCGGCGGGGGGAUGUGGCGAUGGGUGAGGGUCAUGGGGUGUGAGCAUCCCUGAGCUGUGGAUCCGGGAGGGCCGCGGCUUCCCUUGCCUUGCAGCCGCGAGCAGCGCUCGCAGCCCCGCACUCGCCUACCCGGCCCCCGGCGGCGGCGCGGCCCAUGCGGCUGGGGGCGGAGGCUGGGAGCGGGUGGCGGGCGCGGCGGCCCGGGCCCAGGCGGUGAUUGGCCGCCUGCUGGCCGCGACUGAGGCCCCGGCGGCGGGCGGGGAGCGCAGGCGGAGCCCGCUGCUGCGGAGCAGAGAAGAUGCUGCUGUCCCUGGUACUCCACACGUACUCCAUGCGCUACCUGCUGCCCAGCGUCGUGCUCCUGGGCACGGCGCCCACCUACGUGCUGGCCUGGGGGGUCUGGCGGCUGCUCUCCGCUUUCCUGCCCGCCCGCUUCUACCAGGCGCUGGACGACCGGCUCUACUGCGUCUACCAGAGCAUGGUGCUCUUCUUCUUCGAGAAUUACACCGGGGUCCAGGCACCAGACAUGAAAACCCCAAAUAAGAAAGUGUUGCUUGAAGAUUUUAGAGUACUGUGUAUGUGUAUAAGUAUAUUGCUAUAUGGAGAUUUGCCAAAAAAUAAAGAAAAUAUAAUAUAUUUAGCAAAUCAUCAAAGCACAGUUGACUGGAUUGUUGCUGACAUCUUGGCCAUCAGGCAGAAUGCGCUAGGACAUGUGCGCUAUGUACUGAAAGAAGGAUUAAAGUGGCUCCCAUUGUAUGGGUUUUAUUUUGCUCAGCAUGGAGGAAUCUAUGUAAAGCGAAGUGCCAAAUUUAAUGAGAAAGAGAUGCGAAACAAGUUGCAGAGCUAUGUGAACGCAGGAACUCCAAUGUAUCUUGUGAUUUUUCCAGAAGGUACAAGGUAUAAUCCAGAGCAAACAAAAGUCCUUUCAGCUAGUCAGGCAUUUGCUGCCCAACGUGGCCUUGCAGUAUUAAAACAUGUGCUGACACCACGAAUAAAGGCAACUCACGUUGCUUUUGAUUGCAUGAAGAAUUAUUUAGAUGCAAUUUAUGAUGUUACGGUGGUUUACGAAGGGAAGGACAAUGGAGGGCAGCGAAGAGAGUCACCGACCAUGACGGAAUUUCUCUGCAAAGAAUGUCCAAAAAUUCAUAUUCACAUUGAUCGUAUCGACAAAAAAGAUGUCCCAGAAGAACAAGAACAUAUGAGAAGAUGGCUGCAUGAACGUUUCGAAAUCAAAGAUAAGAUGCUUAUAGAAUUUUAUGAGUCACCAGAUCCAGAAAGAAGAAAAAGAUUUCCUGGGAAAAGUGUUAAUUCCAAAUUAAGUAUCAAGAAGACUUUACCAUCAAUGUUGAUCUUAAGUGGUUUGACUGCAGGCAUGCUUAUGACCGACGCUGGAAGGAAGCUGUAUGUGAACACCUGGAUAUAUGGAACUCUACUUGGCUGCCUGUGGGUCACUAUUAAAGCAUAAAAAAAUAGCUGUCUCCAGACAAUGGGAUGUGCUACAUUGUCUAUUUUUGGCGGCUGCACAUGACAUCAUAUUGUUUCCUGAAUUUAAUAAGGAGUGUAAAUAAAGCCUUGUUGGUUGAAGAUUGGAUAAAAUAGAAUUUGUGACGAAAGCUGAUAUGCAGUGGUCUUGGGCAGACAUACCUGGUUAAUACAACUUUAGCACCAGGGCUGCUGGAAGGGUAAAAGCUAAAUGGAGUUUCUCCUACUCUGUCCAUUUCCCAUGAACUAAUGACAACUUGAGAAGCUGGGAGGAUUGUGUAUUUUGUAAGUCAGAUGGCUGCAUUUUUGAGCAUUAAUUUGCAGCAUAUUUCACUUUCUCUGUUAUUUUCAGUUUGUUACAACCUGACAACUCUAAGGUCUUAUUACUAAAGUAUUUAGUAUCUUGCAGCUAGCUAAUAUUUCAUCUUGUGCUUAUUUCUACAAGUCAGUGAAAUAAAUUGUAUUUAAGAAGUGUCAGGAUGUUCAAAGGAAAGGGUAAAAAGUGUUCAUGGGGAGAAAGCUCUGUUUAGCACAUGAUUUUAUUGUAUUGCGUUAUUAGCUGAUUUUACUCAUUUUGUAUUUGCAAAAUAAAUUUCUAAUAUUUAUUGAAAUUGCUUAAUUUGCACACCCUGUACACACAAAAAAUGGUAUAAAAUAUGAGAAAGAAGCUUAAAAUUGUGAUUCUGAUUCAUUAUAGCAGAACUUUAAAUUUCCCAGCUUUUUGAAUAUUUAUGCUAUUAGUACUCCCCUAUGUCUGUGCCAUAAGUGCUUGAAAACAUUAAGGUUUUCUGUUUUGUUUUUUUUUAAUAUCCAAAUAGUCAGUGUGAACCUUGGUUGGACCCCAAGUUCACAAGAUUUUUAAGGUGAUGAGAGCCUGCAGACAUUCUGCCUAGAUUUACUAGCAUGUGCCUUUGCCGCCUUCUCUUUGAUGGAACAGGAUGUUCAGAAGUCACGUUUCUGUGAUGUGGUGGAUUCCCACUGGGCUCUGGCCCUUUUCCUUUGGAUCCCGUCAGCGGUGCCGCUCAGCGGCUUGCAUGCAGACUUGCUGGAGAAAUGCAGAGCCAGCCUGGGCUGCCCACUUUCAGAGCUGACCUCUUUAAGCCCUUGUGAGUGGGCUUCACCAGCUACUGCAGGGGCAUUUUGCAUUUGUCUGUGUCAAGAAAUUCACCUUCUCAAGCCAGGGAAAUACAGACUUAAUUCAUCAGGACUGAACGAAUUUGUUUGUUUCCCGUUAGGUUUAGUGGAGCUACACAUUAAUAUGUAUCACCUUAGAGCAAGAGCUUUGUUCCAGGAACCAAAUCACGAUUUUCAGCCAUGGAACAAUGUAUCCCAUGGGAGAAGACCUUUCGGUGUGAACUGUUCUAUUUUUGUGUUAUAAUUUAAACUUUGAUUUCCUCAUAGUCCUUUAAGUUAACAUUUCUGCUUACUGCUACUGGAUUUUUGUUGCAAAAAUAUAUCAGUGGCCCACAUGAAACAUACCAAUUGGAUCAUGAUAAGCAAAAUGAAAGAAAUAGUGAUUAAGGGAGAAUCAAGUGACUGUGUUACACUGCUUCUCCCAGGCCAGAGAGUAAACUGUUUCAAGCAUCGUCUUUGAAGAGUCUUGUGGUAUGAAUUGGUUUAGAAUGGAUGCACACAUCCAUGCACACUCAGGAUACAGUUGGCCUAAUCAUCAAUGGGGCAUGGGUAAAACUUACAAAAAGUUUCCUCAUGCCGAAUUGUAAUUUUCUCUUACCUGUAAAGUAAAAUUUAGAUCGAUUCCAUGUCUUUGUUAAGUACAGGGAUUUAACAUAUUUUGAAUAUAAUGGAUAUGUUCUAAAUUUGAACUUUGAGGGGCAAUACUAUUGGAAUUAUGUGGAUUCUAACUCAUUUUAACAAGGCAGUCUGACCUGCAUAAGAUCACUUGAAUGUUAUGUUUCAUAGAACUAUACUAAUCUCACAAACGGUCUAUAAAAUAUAGUAGUUGAAAAAUUUUUUGUAUCAAAAUGUUUGGAAAAUUAGAAGCUUCUCCUUAACCUGUAUUAAUUCUGACUUGAAUUAUUUUCUAAAAUUAAGAGCCGUAUACCUACCUGUAAAUCUUUUCACAUAUCUUUUAAACUUUCGUUUGUAUUAUUAUUGAUUUACAGCUUAGUUAUUAAUUUUUCUUUAUAAGAAUGCCAUCGAUGUGCAUGCUUUUAUGUUUUUCAGGAAAGGGUGUGUUUGGAUGAAAGUUAAAAAAAAUAAAAUCUUUCACUAUCUCUAA